AUGCUUUUCCUGACUGUCGAGGUUAGACAUUUGGAAAGUAACAGCAUAGAAAUGAUCUCCAAGAGGGCAUUUUCGGGACUGAUCUCUUUGCGUAAACUUUUUUUGAGUCAGAACAGAAUUGCAUCUCUGAAAGCAGGAAUAUUUAGUGACCUCAACAGUCUGGAGUGGCUGAUUCUGGAUGAAAACAGACUUUCAUCCCUGCGUCAGAAGUCUUUUGAAGGCCUGAAAUCGUUAUUUUUCCUGUCUUUAUUAAAUAACUCUGUCGAACAAUUUCCUAAAACUUCGAUUUGCCUUGAGAUGCCCCGUCUCAACUGGCUGGAAAUGGAGGGCAAUAGAAUUCCAUCUCUCUGGGCGUCUAGUUUUAAGAACUGCUCCUCUCUUACUGUCUUAGCAUUGAGGAGAAAUCGCAUCGGCACCAUUGAGGAGGGAACAUUUGCCGACAUGCAAAGAUUGAUAGACCUAGACGUGUCUAUGAACCAGAUCAAAGACCUGCCUCCAUCUCUGUUCCAGAACCUCCAGAACCUCAAACAGCUAAAUAUUUCCAACAAUCCCCUGACACACAUAUACGACAAUCAAUUUGACAGUCUGGUGAAUCUGCAGUCACUGAGUAUGGAAGAGGUAGAGAUUCCCAACAUCAGCAUCAGAAUGUUCCGACCCCUAACUAACCUCACUCACAUUUAUUUUAAGCGUUUUGAAUUCUGUGGAUAUUCUCCCAACGUGCGGAGCUGCAAACCAAACACAGACGGAAUCUCAUCCUUCGAGAAUCUGCUGGCAAACAUCAUUCUGCGGGUGUUUGUCUGGGUCGUCGCCUUCAUCAUUUGCUUCGGAAACAUCUUCGUAAUCUGUCUGCGUUCCUGUUUUGCUUCUGAGAAUCAACACCACACAAUGGCCAUCAAAUCUCUUUGCUGUGCCGACUGUCUCAUGGGUGUGUAUCUGCUUUUCAUCGGUGCCUUUGACAUCAAGUAUUGCGGCGAGUACAACCGUCAUGCACAGAUAUGGAUGGAGAGUCUGUCUUGCCAGUUGAUCGGCUCUCUGGCCAUGUUGUCCACAGAGGUAUCCGUCAUGAUGUUGACCUACAUGACACUAGAGAAGUACCUGUGCAUCGUCUUCCCAUUCCAGCAUUACCGUGCCGGACGAAAACAGACCCUGUGCUCACUGACCUUCAUCUGGUUGCUAGGAUUUAUCAUUGCCGUUAUUCCCUUCUGGGAUAAACAGACAUUUGGGAAUUUUUAUGGGCGGAACGGAGUAUGCUUCCCUCUUCACUCAGACCAGACAGAGAAACCUGGUGCCAGAUCCUAUUCUACAGCUAUUUUUCUCGGUCUGAAUCUGCUGGCUUUCGUGGUGAUUGUAUUCUCCUACUCCAGUAUGUUUUACUCCGUCCAGAAGACAGCGAAGACAGCGCGUCAAACAGUAUUUGAUCGAGAAGUCACUAUUGCAAAGCGGUUUUUCUUCAUUGUGUUCACUGAUGCCAUGUGCUGGAUCCCCAUCUUCCUCUUGAAGAUACUAUCACUACUAAGAGUACAUAUCGCUGGUACCCUCAUUCUGUGGGUGGUGAUUUUUAUCCUUCCCAUAAACAGUGCCCUGAACCCCAUCCUGUACACUAUCACAACCAGCGCCUUUCAGCAGAGACUCAAACAGUGUUUGAAAUAUCGCUGCCAGCAGACUAACUGACACACACACACACACACACACACACUAUGCACAUGCUCUGAGAUUAAUAUUCCAUGUGGAAUAAAAGGUUAAUAGAUGACAGGAUAAUGACCACACACACAAGAUGUUCUCAUCCUCAGCACAAGCUAGUAAGGCUUAUAAGAGCCUGUAGGGUUGAAGUAAGGAGAGCACACACGGCAACAUUAACCAGCAGACCAUCACAAACAAUAUACGCUUAUGCAAGUAAAAUCAAGCCUUAUAUGAAAAACAAAUAAAUUACAUCUAACUGCCAUAUAGACCUAAAGUAGUGCGUGUAUAUGCAGGGUAAGCCAAACUCUGUGGCUGUCAGAGAAUGCAGAGAGGAACGGUUCGGACGGACACCGGCGGGCUGAGGAUUGGAACCCUUCCGACUGAUUUAAUUGCCUUUUUGUGUGCUUGUGCGGAUGUGUUUGGGAAACAAAGAGGCAGUUGCAUACAGUCAGGAUAGAAAAUGAACAAAAACUAUAAUGGUGGAGGGGAAGAAAUGGAUAUAAAAAGAUUUCUCAAA